AUGUCUGAGACGAGAAAUGAUUGUGGCCUCUUGCGAUGCAAUAAUGUGUCUGAAAUUGGACACAUUGAGGAAAUCUUGGCGAACAUUCUCCCAAGACUUCCUGUUAAAGCCGCACUAGUGUGCAAAUCUGUUUCAAAACUUUGGUUGGGGUUGAUUUCUGAACCACACUUUCCUGAAUUGCAACUAAGCUUCUCCAGGAAGAACCCUAAAUAUAUUAUUUGUCCUUACUCUGAUUCCUCAGAUAUAGUUACUCAUCUGUAUUUGAUGGAGGGGGAUGGAACAAUAGAUCGUGAGAUUCCCACCCCUGGUUUUGUUAAUAUAUUUUCUCCUGACAUAAUCUGUUUCUUGAAUGGUCUAAUAUGUUGUGUCAACCAAGAUGAACGGGAAGAUAUGGGCAUACAAAUUUUUAAUCCUACAACUCAAGAAAUCAUAUUGCUUCCAAAAGGGAGUCCAUCAAUAGAUACUCCAUCAGUUGGGCUUGUCUUUGACCCUGAAAAUAACAAAUACAAACUAUUUCGGUUUUUCCGCAAUUCACAUGAACUAGAAUAUGGGGAGUACAAAUGUGAAGUAUAUUCCUCUGAUACUGCAACAUGGACAGCUAUUUCUGAGGUCAAAAAAGGUCCUAAGCCUAAUCCCAGUUGCCCAUACUACCCUUCCUAUGUAUGUGUGGGUGGUAGAAUGUAUUGGAUGGUGAGUUCAGAAGUGGAAUUUGGAAUUCCUGAUCACAUCCUCUCUGUUGACAUGAAUGAGAAUUUUUUGAGAAUUGAGUUUCCCUCUGCAAUGCAUCAAUGGACAUUUCUGUUCGAACUAAAAGGUUGUUUGUCACUGCUGCGAGUGGAUUAUCCAGUUUAUAAUCCAGAGGCAAUCGAUGAUAUCGGACCUUCUAUGGAGAUAUGGGAUUUAAUAAAUCCUGAACGGUCUGUUUGGAACUUAAGAGGCACUCUUGAAAUUGAACUGGAAUUGGAAAUUCACUAUUUUAACUCUGUAGCUGCAAUAAAGGAGGAGAUGAUGAAUUUGACAAUUGUUCCCCUGUCGCAUUUCCAUUUGUUGAAAGCCUCCUCCCAUGUCAUGGAGGAGGAUUAUAAAGAGAGAAUUUCUGGAGUCACUCAAGAUUUCCUCUUUCCAAUGGUUGUGCUGGGAGUAACAAUGAUCAGAGUCAGCUCUUAG